AUGACAGACCAAUCGAAAAAGAAGAAGGAGAAGGAGAAGGUCAAGGUCAAGGUGAAGGAGAAUCCCUCACAUUCCAAAUCAAUAUCAGCCCCACAAGCAUUUCUCAUCCAUCUGAUUUGUGGACUUGGCUUAGCAUUAUCAUUAUGGGUAGCCAACAAUCUCUACUCCAUCAAUCUCGUCUCUGAUUCUUCACUUACCCUCCGUCUCAUCUGGGUUGUUGAGAGUGCAAUUGUCCUACUUAUUUACAGCCUCUUCCGAAUUGAUCCUCAACAAUGUUCGUACCUGAAAGCUGUAGCACGGGGAAUAUUGGCACUUCCUGUUGGUGCUCUGGUGAUUGCACUUGGAGCCAUUGCUUUGGGUGCACCUGUUGGUAUCCAGUACUUGCCAAAGACCGUUAACUGGUCUCUUCUUAUGUCAUCAUUCACAGUUGCACCUGCUGCUUCAGUAUUUGGUUCAUCAUGGACAUUUUGGCAUCAUAUAUUCACACAGACAAAGCCAAAUGGACCAUUGGAAUAUAUGAUCUGCAUACCAGCACAUGGAGCUGUUAUUGGAGGCUGGUUUGGAGCUUGGCCUAUGCCACUGGACUGGGAAAGGCCAUGGCAGGAAUGGCCGAUAUGUGUAACGUACGGAGCAAUGACUGGGUAUUUAGUUGGAAUGCUUGCGAGUGCUGGCUUUGUCCUUGCACAUGGGAGACAGCAAUGUCUUAAACGGGACUAA